CAUCCUCCUGUUGCAGCGUUCGGGCAGUCGUCGUCCGCCAGCAACCCUUUCGGGCAGCAGACCUCGAGCACCAACCCGUUCGGGACCCAGCAGCAGCCUGCCUUUGGCCAGACCAAUGCCGCCACCAGCAACCCCUUCGCGCCUAGACCGUUUGGCAGCCCAACCCCCGCCUUCGGAGGAGCGCAGACAGGGACCAGCUCGCCGUUCGGGGGUACGUCUGCCUUUGGCCAGCCAUCCGCUUCGGCGUUUGGGGCUGCAGCCACUGGCGCCUUUGGCCAGCAGCCCACCCCGGCGUUUGGGGCUACAGCCACAGGCGCCUUUGGCCAGCAGCCCACACCGGCGUUUGGGUCCACGUCAACCGGCGCCUUUGGACAGCAGCAAACACCGGUGUUUGGGUCCACGUCAACCGGUGCCUUUGGCCAGCAGCAAACCCCGGCGUUUGGCUCGACGUCAACGGGCGCCUUUGGCCAGCAGCAAACCCCGGUGUUUGGCUCGACGUCAACCGGCGCCUUCGGCCAGCAGCAAACCCCGGCGUUUGGCUCGACGUCAACCGGCGCCUUUGGCCAGCAGCCCACCCCGGUGUUUGGUUCGACGUCGACCGGUGCCUUUGGCCAGCAACCAACACCGGCGUUUGGCUCUACGUCAACUGGCGUCUUUGGCCAGCCAACCACGCCAGCGUUUGGCUCGACGGCAACUGGCGCCUUUGGCCAGCCAUCAACGCCCGCGUUCGGCAGUGGCGCCACAACCUCCAACCCUGCCAGUGGAUCUCUGUUUGGACAAAAGUCUAGUUUCGGUGGUUUUGGUUCAUCUCCUAACCAGUCUACUACAUUUGGCAACAACAAUUUUGGCACCACAACUACUCCGACCUUCGGUGCCUCUACAUCAACAUCCUUAUUUGGUGCUCCCGGCACCUCAACGUUUGGUUCGACCACUACUCCUGGAUUUGGAUCUUCUCCGUCUUUUGGACAAUCAGGAGCUGCAACUAGUAGCACGCUGUUCGGAACAACUCCGUCUUCUCCAUUUGGCUUGCCGACAGCACCACCAACGUUUGGGCAAACUACAUUUGGGAAUCAAUCUGGAGGAACCAGAAUACAGCCUCAUGUACAAACACCAGAUCCUGACGGUGCUACGAGUGGUUCUCAGGCUUCAAAACUUGAUUCCAUAUCAGCUAUGCCUGCAUACAAAGAGAAGAGUCAUGAAGAAUUGAGGUGGGAAGAUUACCAGCGUGGGGACAAAGGUGGACCAAACACAACUCCAGUGGUGAAUAACUUCUCGCCAUCUCCACAGCCAAGUUUUCCAAUCAGUCAACCGGCGCCAGUGAAUCCAUUUUCUAGUAUCUCAAAUUCUACUGGUGCUUUUGGUACUACGCCGAGCCUGUUUCCGUCCCCCGGAACGACCUUGUUUGGACAAUCAACUGGUUCUCCCUUCCAAGCAAACACUUCACAAUCUCUGUUUGCAAAUACCACUCCUUCAAUAUUCGGCUCGUCAUCGGCAAUCACGACUCCUUUCAGUUUUGGCCCAUCCUUUAACAAUAACUCUCAAUCAGCUGGGCUGUUUCCGUCUUUGUCUUCCCCUGCAAUUGGGCAACAGCCAUCGAGCCACUCAUUUAACCAGCAGACGACAAGCAGUUCAGCUUUCUCCACCAGUAUUUUCAACAACACGACUAAUGUUGGAACAGCCGGAGGACAGUUUGUCCCCACAUCUUCACCUUUUCCAAUGUUUCCACAACCUGCCCCUGUUCAACCUUCAAGUUCGUUCUCAUUCCAACCUCAGGGCCAACCAGGUGGAUUCUCUGGAGUUUCCAAACCGAUGAAUAUGGCCCCAUUUGGACAGCAAACCAGUAGUCAGUCCAGUAUGGUAAUGCAGCCGACUCUUGUUUCAAAUCCCUUCGGGACACUUCCAGCGAUGCCUCAGAUGUCCAUUGGGAAUGGUGGAUCCUCACCUUCCAUCCAAUAUGGAAUAUCAAGUUUACCGGUUGCUGAGAAGCCCCAUCCGAGUAGAACAUUAUCAAUGGUGGUGCCUAGGCAUUUGUCACAGAGGAGGAUAAAACUGUUGCCACGGAAAUAUAAUGCGACAUCUGAUGGCAAGGUUCCGUUCUUUGCUGAUGAUGAAGAAUCUUCCGUAACGCCAAAAGCAGAUGCCUUUUUCAUCCCUAGAGAAAACCCAAGAAGUCUGAUAAUCCGUCAAACAGAUCAGUGGCCUUCACGUAGUGCAGUUGACCGACAACCAAUUCCAAGAGAUUCAGCUCAUCUUGACGAAGACAAAGAUGCUUUUGUUGGGAGGGAGCGCAAUAAGGCUGCCAUGUCACCGGCUCGGUCUGGUCAAGCAGGAAAUGGUCAUGAUGCAUCAACUGAGCCUGAGGCUUUUGUUCGGCAUGUGAAUGGUGCUAGCAUUGAGAAGAUGAUGCCUAAGCUCUCCCAGGCAGAUUACUUCACGGAGCCUAGCCUAGAGGAGCUUGCGGCGAAAGAACGUGCUGAACCAGGCUACUGCUGUCAGGUUAGAGACUUUGUUGUUGGACGUCAAGGCUAUGGCAGCAUCAAAUUCUUGGGAGAAACAGAUGUGAGGGGCCUUGAUCUGGAGUCGGUUGUCCAAUUCAAUAACCGUGAAGUGGUCGUGUACAAGGAGGACAGCGAGAAGCCCCCAGUUGGCGAGGGCCUGAACAAAGCUGCAUUGGUGACUCUUUUGAACAUCAAGUGCAUGAAUAGGAAGACAGGCGAGCCGUGCACGGAGGGUCCUAGGCUGGACAAGUUCAAGGAGACGCUGGUGAAGACGGCCAAGGAGCAGGGAGCUGAGUUCGUGUCAUUUGACGGCGCCAAGGGCGAGUGGAAGUUCAGGGUGAAGCACUUCAGCUCCUAUGGAUUUGGCGAAAGCUGAAACGUGUAGCCUGGUCGUUGUGACUGGUUGUUAGAAUGCUUUUAUGUCCUGGGAAUGAUGUUUCUGUGACUUCCUUUCUGGUUCUAUCUGUAUAGAAAGACAAGUUCAAUGGUCCUUCCUGUAUAAAUCGGGUCGAUUCAUCA